AUGGCCGACAGAGACACGUCCAAUCUCUGCGUAGAGAUUAUCCGACAACAUUUUGGUCCCCUCAAUGCCAAAGUUGCAGAGGUCCUGUUACACCGCGGGCGCCUCAGCCUAUCCCACCUAGUCCGCUUCACGGGCCUCAAGCCGCGCACCGUGCGCGCGUGUAUACUUGUGCUGGUGCAGCAGAAUGUACUAUGGCACGCUACGGAGGAGGAUGUGGAGGUGUUUGAGGUGAACACGGACGAGUGUCUGGCGAGGACUAGGUUCGGGACGUAUGUUCAUCUCAUGGAGGAGCUCUACGGACAGGAGGCUGCACGAAUAGUGACUGUGGUACUCGAGCACGGCAAACUGCGUCCGCCAGACAUCAUGCAGCUCUUGUCCGUGGACACCAAAUCACACAUAUCCCAUGCUCAAGCCUUACACAAACUCGUCUCCUCCGCCUACCUCAAGCCCUCCACCCUCCUCUCCCACAAAUCCCCACGCGACAAAAUCAUCGAAUACGAGACCGAAGAAAAGGCCAAGCUCACGGGUAUACCUGCCGCGAAGGAGCUGCGCCAGGCGCGGGAGAUGGCCGAGUUGAGGUUCAGGAGGGAAGAAGAGGCCGCGGAAAGGAUCGGUAUGAAGAGGAAGGCUGUGGAUAGUGGUGGGAAGGCUUCCAAGCGCUCAAAACACUCGGACGAGACCGCAGAGAUCGUCGACGAUGAAGUCCACUUCCGCGUGAACCACGACAAGUUCAACGUUCACAUACGGAACAAGAUCAUCGUGAACGCAGCCCGAGAACGCUUCAACGAUGGCGCCGCUCAAGUUAUGCAAGCCGCAUUGAAAGCGACAGAGGACAAGUCGCGGACAGUCAAAGACCCACGCUCAGACCCCAUGAGCGUCCCCGACAUCAUACGCUACAUAACAGAUGAAGAUGCCCUCGCAGCCGGCCUCAUAAUGCCUUCAAAAAAGCCUAAGACGCCCGACAUAAUCCAACAAUACCUCCACAUGCUCGCCUUCCACGACAACACCACCCCCGCGGGCCUCUCGUCUCGCUUCGUCGCCCUCCUCGGCAAAAAAGUACAAGUCGAGUUCGAUGCUAUCGGCGCGCGGCUGCGCACUCGAGUGCUCGAAGCAGUCGCGAGAGAACGACACGGGAAUGAGGGUGUCAGGGUGUUGAGGUUGUUGCUGGAGACGGGGAAGAUGGACGAGAAGCAGAUCGCUAAGACUGCGAUGAUGAGCGCGAAAGAUGUGCGCCCGCUCUUGAGCGCUAUGAGUGCGGAGAGUUUGGUUAGUCUGCAGGAGGUGCCGAGGACUAGCGAUCGGAAUCCCACGCGGACUUUCUAUCUCUGGUUCGUCGACCUGCCAAAAGCCUACUCAGUCCUCCUUGCGAACCUCUACAAAUCGCUCUACAACAUACACACCCGCCUCCGCUCCGAACAGGAAGACCAGCCUCUCGUACAAGCUGUGCUCGCCAAGCUUGACCGCGAAGACGUCACCGAAGACGACCUUACAAGGGUCGACAAGGAACUACUAGCGGCGUGGAGGGACAAGAGGUUGAAAUUGACGUUACUCGCAACGAGGGUGGAGGAGAGCGUAUUUAUCUUACACGACAUAACUGAGCGUGUCGAGGAGUGA